AUGCCUCCUAAACUAAAAGACCCUGGUAUUUUUUCCAUACCAUGUGUAAUUAGAAAUUUUGUCAUAGACAAAUCCCUAUGUGAUUCAGGAGCAAGUGUUAGUUUAAUGCCCUUAUCCAUUUGCGAGAAACUCAAACUAGGUGAACUAAGACCAACAAAAAUGUCUUUGCAACUAGCUGACCGUUCUGUUAAGUUUCCCGUAGGUAUGCUUGAAAAUGUUCCUGUCUGCAUAGGAAAAUUCUAUAUUCCUACCGACAUCAUAAUAAUGGAUAUUAUGGAAGACUCCAACAUCCCUAUUAUUUUAGGUAGUCCAUUCUUGGCCACCGCUGGAGCCAUUAUAGACGUGAAGAAAGGAAAACUAACUUUUGAGGUUGGUGAAGAAAAGGUAGAGUUUAUCCUCUCCCAAUUCUUCAAAGCACCUGCUAUAGAUGAUUCAUGUUGUUUCUUAUAUGUUAUUGAUGAUUGCGUUAAAGAAAUGGAGAAACAACAAAAUACCUAUUCUGAAGUGUUGAAAAUUCCAAUACCACCUAUCUUCGAUGACGAUAAUUGGCGUGAGGAGUACCAAGAUGACAAUUUAAGUGAAUGCCUAACAUUAACUCCUGAUCAUAUAUUCCUUGCCCUAAGAAACAUGUUGUAG